GUGAAAUGAAGACAUUAUAGCUGAAUAUUGCAAAACUGUCUGAGACAUUUUGGCAGAACAUACCCACCAAACAGAAAUCCAUUUAAAGUCUCUUCCAGGCAAUAUUGACAUUUCAGGUAACAGACCACCACGUCAUGUUGAGGUCUGCAGGACUAUAAAUUUCUGCAGAAGGGCGUACUUCUGUUCACUGUCAUUCUCCAGCGAUUCAAGCGGAGUUACCUGAACAAUUUACUUUACUGUACUACAGCGUUUUUCACAUCGAAGGUUGUUUUUUCCCCCGGAAAUAUUAUCACAUUACGCAUCAGUUUCAUCAUCAAGGCUGUGAGCAAGCGGAGAUGUGCGGAACAGAUCUGCCAAAUAAAGGUGGUGGAAGUGUCAACCAACUAGGAGGGAUGUUUCUCAACGGCAGACCUCUCCCAGAAUCCAAGAGGAGGAAAAUGAUUGAACUGGCCUCGGAGGGAGUCCGACCAAGCCAGAUAUCCAAGAUACUUCGGGUGUCCAGUGGGUGCGUAAGUAAGAUCCUGAGCCGCUACCGUCGCACAGGACUCCUGGUGCCAAAGACCAUCGGAGGGAGCCGACCACGGCUUCUCACCCCCGGUGUCAUCUCUACAAUCAUUCAGUGCAAAAGAGAAAAUCCAACUAUUUUCGCUUGGGAAAUUAGAAAACGGCUCACAGCAGCACGAACCUGCAAGGCCUCCAAAGUUCCCAGCGUGUCGUCCAUAAAUCGGAUUUUAAGAAAGAUCCACUUGGACCAUGGACCAAUGUGCAUGGAGAUCAAUGCGCACAUCACGACGGAACAGGGUUUUGACGCCAUGAUUCAAGAAGAAGUGAGUGAGAGAGAGAUGUUAGAGACUGUAUGCAGUGAUGACAAGAAGCAUAAAGGUGUCCAGCACCGAAACCGCACCACUUUCACCCCAGAGCAGAGCAGAGCACUUGAGCAAGAAUUUUCUCACAGCCACUACGCAGAUAUAUACACAAGAGAGAAACUGUCAGCUGAGAUCAAACUUCCUGAGGAUACCAUAAAGGUCUGGUUUUCAAACAGACGGGCCAAGUGGAGGAGGGAAGCCAAACAAAGAAGCAGCACGCAAACUACAGACCUUCAAAAACAAAAGGAUUUUUAUCCUGUGAAUCCCACAAUGCCACACAGCUUCACGCCACAACAGACAACAGGAGUCUACUGUAGUGCCUCAGAUGCCUGUCAGAGCUACAGUGCUGUUCCCAGGAAGUUGCAAGAUGGCUACAUUUUCCCAGCAGAAAGAAGUGUUGGAAAUUCUGAGCGUUUGACAUCCAUCUCAAUGCCACCCUCAUCCCGCCAUCAGCCGAAUGACAUACUGACCAUGACAGAGAAGACUCCACUCACUCUCCACACAGAUAGACUCACUUUCCCAUUGGUUCACCAUCCCACAGACACAAGGACAUGCCUUCCAUUGGCAACUGAGACAAUAAGAACAGACUUCCCUGUAACCCACUGCUGGAAUCAGCAGGGCAUUUCUUUCACUUUGAGCGAGUAUCAAACAGAUGAAAGGUUUCUGUUUGGCCAACCCUGGGAUGUGAAUCCACAUCGCUACCUGGACUGAAUGUGUGACUACAUUUUUGACAACGGUGAACAUGUUUGAUACACAGUGUUGAUAAUGCAGCUCUCACUGGAUUACUAGCAAACAUCUUUACUGAACUCGGGACUAGAGGAACAAAUUGAAGCCAGCAGAGGGCGACAGAGGACUAGAGUUACAGUCUUGUCCCUUACGCUCAGUUUUUCAAAUUGACUGUUGCGCCCUUCUUAACUUAUCACUCUUUCUUGGACAUGUAAUCUUGAAUUGACAUUAAGGAGCAGAGAAGAGAAAUACAUAUCUUGAGUAUAAUUCAUAAUUCAAAGUUCUUGUUGUGAUCUUUUAUUAAUUAUCCGAAUGGAUCAUAAAAUUAAUUGACUACAAUGAAUUGUGAAGAAGACAAAGUCAUUGCAACAUUGUAAGACAUGAAGUGCAGACAGACAGAUAAGAGGGCAAUAAAUUUUUUUAUACAUCAAGGGCCCUUUUAUUGAUAUGAGUUUCCAGGAAAUGAACUGUAUUAUGGCAUGAAUAUGAAGCCAAUUAAGCCUAUGUUCUGCCUGAAAGCAUGUAGAUUUUAGAAGAUGCAUUAACCAUUAAAAGAGAAAUCAUAUUUGGAUGUUUAAGCAUAUCUUCAGCUGGAUGCUCCACUGUUUAUCUGGUCAAUGCUGUACUAUGACUGCAACAUAAAUCACAGCUC